AUGAAUAAUAUACAUUUAUUAUCUGUUAUAUUAAUUGGAAUUGUUUCCGGUCAUUUAAAUGAUCCAUUUGUUUGCCCUAGUGGUUAUUCAAAUUAUCUUCCAGUAAAAUUACCAACAAGUUGGAUAAAUGGAUCAAUGAAUUGUUUUGAUAAAGGUGCUACACGACCUGAUUUAGAUAUAUUUCCUAUUAAUAAUGAUACAUAUAUUUUACGUGAAAAUAAAUGUAUAAAUUAUGAAGCACCAUUUAUGUAUUUACUUUUUAGUAAUGAUACUGUAUUAUUAAUUGAUAGUGGUGCAACUGUAUCAUUUAUUUCAUUACCUAUUCAACAACAUGUUGAAACACUUAUUACUCAUUGGUGUAUUAAUAAUAAAAAAGAACGAGCAGAUUUAGAAUUAGUCGUUGCACAUACACAUAAUCAUGAUGAUCAUACAGCUGGUGAUGUACAAUUUAAAUAUAAACUUUUUACAACAAUUGUUAAUACGAGUGUUGAAGAAGUUAGUCGAUAUUUUCAUUUAGAUAAUUGGCCAAAUACAAUUGGUACUUAUGACCUUAAUAAUCAACGUCGUUUAGCUAUUAUACCAAUACCUGGUCAUGAAAAUUCUGCUAUUGCUUU